GCGGCGUCCGCGUCAUAGUUCUUCCACUUUAACAUUCGGUUGCGCGCCGUUGUACGAGACGGUCGCACAAUUUUCGUGCCAUAAACAUCGUAACUUUUUUUCAUUUAUUUACAACGUCUAAACGCAUCAGACGCAACACCUCGAAUACGAACCCUGCAACUGCCCAAUACAAUUAAAUAGUUCAAACCAACAACAAAAUAACCGAAUAGCUGCCAGAUAUCCCGUACACGCACACACGCGUGCGCGCACACAAACACACAAACGAUAUGGGAUCAACGGGAUCCCAAACGGCCGCGACGUUGCGGCAGCGACACGCGCUGUCGCUGCUCUGGCGCCUCUUCGCCGUUGUCCUCGUUCUGAACGCCUGCCAUGUACCGCUGCUGAAUGCCAAGCAAAUCUCAAACCUCGAGGACAAUGACAAAAUGUUUUUCGAUGUGGAGGAUCAGACGCCAUUCACGGGGUCUGACAACCUGCAGUCGUAUGCGCCUCUGAUCGAUGACUCCCCCGUGGAGGGCAACUGGUUCCAUCAGGGCGUCAAGCGUGUGCGUCGCGAGCUCACCCGGCUCUUUGGCAACAGCGAUGUCCAUCACAGGCAGAAGCGCGCCAAGAAUCCGGCUGUGCAAAAGGCCAAGCGACAGAAUCGCAUGAUGACCCGGAAGCGGGCGUCCGACGAUUAUGAGAGCGAAAUUGGCUCCGGAACCUAUGGCGUGGAGACCGUUAUAUACCGCACACGAUUCACCGUCAACGAGCCGUACUCGAACGACUUCAGUGAUAAACAGAGCGAGCAGUUCCUCAAUCUAACCGAGGAGAUCAGCCUGGGACUGCGCGAUCUCUUCCGGCGCAGCUACGAGAACGACGACGAYGAAGUGGACUUGCGCAGCACUUUGCUGCAAGUCGGGCCCACGAACGACAAGUACAAGAGCUAUGUGAUCGUCAACCUGGAGAUUCCCACCAAUGUGGUUGAUUUUGAGAGUAAGCUGCGCGAACAGCUGCAGAACUAUAAUCGCAUUGGCAACCAGAGCGCCUCCCUGGACGACGAUUUCUACUUCCGCUUGACACUGGAUAACCAGUGCAGCAAUCCGCGGGAAUUCGAUAUUGAGGAAUUCACCUGCGAGUCCGGCGAAAUCGAGAGCAUACCCUGUGCGAAAAUAUGCAAUCAGCGUGCCGACUGUGACGACGGCUCCGACGAGAGCGAGGAGAUGUGCCUGAAUCGCCGCUUUCCGAAUCCCUAUGCACCAUCGAAGGGUACGCAGAGCCCGUCCUAUGCGGAUGGGGACAACGAUGCUGAUGGCGAUGCGGAUGUCGACGGUGAUGCCGAUCUGGAUGAGGAUCAAUGCUUGUCAUUGGAUCAGCCAUUCCAGUGCAUCAGCGGCCGGCCAUAUCAGAUUUCCUGCGCAGACAUCUGCAACGGCUACAACGACUGCGAAGACGGCUCCGAUGAGAACCAGGAGAUGUGCGAUCGCCGCAACAAUCCCGGUCUCUACAAUAAGAAUGUCCCCGACUGUGAGGAGGACUUCCAGUGCGAGUCGGGCGACAAGCUGAGCACAUCCUGUCACAAUGUCUGCAAUGGCCGCGCCGAUUGCGACGAUGGCUCCGAUGAGGAUCCCGCCCGCUGUGCCGGUCGCCCUACCCAGGCACCCAGCAGCAAUUCCAGCGAUACCCGCCAGGAUUACUGCGUCAAGGAUGCGUUCUUCCAAUGUCGCAGUGGCUCCAUCCCGAAUAUACCCUGUUACGAUAUCUGCAAUGGGCGCGUUGACUGUGACGACGGCUCCGAUGAGGAGGCCGAUCUAUGCCGUCAAAACGUUCUCACCUUAGAGCCAACUUGCACCGGCGAGGGCGAGAAUCGAGUGUGCCAAUAUGCCCGUCCCAACAAGGAUCCUAACGCCCCUGAAACGCCUGAACCAACAGACGAGGAAGAUGGCUCCGGCGAACCAGAGUGCCGCGGCGAUGCGACAUUCUUCUGUUACCGCUCCAAUACGCGCGUUUGCGACGAAAUGACAUGCGAUUCGAAAAAAGACUGUCCGCACGGCGAAGAUGAGGAGGAUUGCGCCAAGGUUUGCACCGAUGAAGAGUUCAAGUGCGACGAUACCUGUUUGCCCCUGCAAAUGCGUUGCGAUGGCCAAACGCAAUGUAGGGAUCAGACUGACGAGGCUGGCUGCCCCCCGAAAGAAAUUGAGCAGCCCGAUAUCGAUCAAGACCAAGAUCAAGAUCAAGAAAAUGAACACGAACAAGAACAAGAUAGAGAUCGUGAACAAGAUCGUCCGCGCAUACCCGACUCCCCGCCACAAGAGUGCAACGCCAAUGAGUACAGAUGUCGCAAUGGAAUGUGUAUCGAUAACAGCAAAGUCUGCAACUACGUCGCGGAUUGUGUCGAUGGCGAAGAUGAGGGCGAUGACUGCCACAGCUCAUCAUCAUCAUCAUCAUCGUCAUCAYCAUCAUUGGGCAGCAAUUGCCUCGAAAACAUUGAAUUCGCGUGUCACAAUCGCGAUUGCAUUCCGAUUGAGAGCGUCUGCGAUGGCAUUCCCGACUGCCAAGAGCACGAGGACGAGGACUAUACGCUCUGCAAUUGCAGCGCUGACAAGUACAAAUGUGUGAGGGGCGGCGGUUGCAUACCCAAGACUCAAGUCUGCGAUGGCAAAUCUCAGUGCCGCGAUGGUAGUGAUGAGAGCGCAUGCCACUUUCAUGCCAAAUUUAAUCUGAGCCGCCCGAUCGUCGAAUGCCAGAGCUUUCAAUAUCAAUGCGGGGACGGAAGCUGCAUUUCUGGCUAUAAGCGCUGCAAUGGCAUCACCGACUGCGCUGACAGCGCCGAUGAGUACAACUGUCUGAUCAAUUACGAUACGAACUACGACAGUGACUCAGACACUGACAAUGAUAAUGAUCCCUUGAAUGAGUGCGAUCUGUACUACUUUGAAUGUGACUUUGGUCAGUGCAUACCCUUAGAGAAGAAGUGCGACGGCUAUGCGGACUGUCAAGAUGAAACGGAUGAGCUCGAUUGUCCGGCCUUUACAGAGCAUUGUCUAGAGCACGAAUUCGAGUGCGAUGAUUACUGUAUACCGCGCGAUCAGCUCUGCGACGGUAUUGUUAACUGCAACGAUGGCAACGACGAACGCAACUGUACUUCAUGUCGCAAUGAGGCCUAUCUCUGCAACACGGGCGAUUGCAUUGCAGCCAAGCUGCAUUGCAAUGGCAUCGCGGACUGUUCCGAUGGCAGCGAUGAGCUCAACUGUGGUAGCAGCUGUGCGAUAAAUCAAAUCGCCUGUAACGGCGCCUGCCUCGAUUGGUCGCUGCGCUGCGAUGGUAUACGAGAUUGCGACAAUGGCGUCGAUGAGCUCGAUUGUCCGGCCACCGAUCGAUUGACCGCGAAUGACUGCCGACGAGAUCAGUUCUUUUGCGAUGAGUCGUGCUUUGAUCGUUCGAUAUUGUGCGACGGAAAUAUCGAUUGCAUUGACCGCAGCGAUGAGCGCGACUGCCAUUUGCAUACCACACGUCAUCCAUUGUAUCCGCCACUACCCUGUCCACAGCACACGUGCCCCAGUGGCAGAUGCUACACGGAAAGCGAACGCUGCGACGGUCGUCGCCAUUGCGAAGACAGCUCCGAUGAGGCCAACUGUACUCAAUGCAAGGAAACCGAGUUUUUCUGUUACGAUCGACAGUUUUGCAUAAAUGCAACACAGCACUGCGAUGGGUAUUACGACUGCAAAGACUUUUCUGAUGAACAGAACUGUAUUGGCUGCGCUUCGGAUCAGUUCCGUUGCCGGGACGGCAGUUGUGUGUCCCAGGACGACGUCUGCAAUGGAAUCAGACAGUGCAUGGAUGGCUCGGACGAGGAGAACUGCGACAUACUGCAAUGCCAGCACAAUCAGUUCCGCUGCCGGAACGGACAGUGUGUGAGCCUGACCGCUCGGUGCAACGGCAAGACCGAUUGCCAGGACAGCUCCGAUGAGAGCAAUUGUGCUAGCUACAGGCCUGCAUCGCCAACAACCACCACCACCACCACCGCCACCACAACGACAACCACAACGGUGGCGCCAACGACAACUACAGUGCUGCCUGUGGGGCCAUUGCGCAUUAUUUGCCCACCCACCGCGUUCCGGUGUGAGAAUGGUCCUUGCAUAGCGCUCACAGCGCGCUGCAAUGGUGUUAUCGAUUGUCCGUUCGAUGCCAGCGAUGAGCUGGACUGUGAGCCCAUCACUAAUGAAAUCGAUACAUCCGAUACCUCUCCUGCUGGUCGCAGCCAGUUGAACCUGAAGACCUACCCGGACAGCCAGAUCAUCAAAGAAAGUCGCGAGGUCAUCUUCCGCUGCCGUGACGAGGGUCCAGCCCGUGCCAAGGUCAGGUGGACACGCCCCGGCGGUCGCCCAUUGCCUGUUGGCUUCUCCGACAAGGGAGGACGUCUGGAAAUACCCAACAUACGCGUGGAGGACUCUGGCACUUAUGUGUGCGAAGCUGUUGGCUACCCGAGCUACAUUCAGGGCCAACAAGUGACCGUCCAUCUGACUGUCGAACGCUUCAAUAUCGACGAACACGAACGCCCACCGACAGCCUGUACCGAAUACCAGGCGACCUGCAUGAACAGCGAAUGCAUUGACAAGUCGGAGAUUUGCGAUGGCGUGCCCAACUGCUCGGAUGGAUCCGAUGAACACCGAUGCAGCCACGGACGCAGAUGCCAGCCGAAUCAGUUCUUGUGCAGAAACACCAAGUGCGUGGAGCGCACAUGGCGCUGCGACGGCGAAGACGAUUGCGGUGACAAUUCCGACGAGGAGUCCUGCGAUCCCGAGCCCAGUGGUGCGCCCUGCCGCUACGACGAAUUCCAAUGCUCCACCGGUCACUGUGUACCCAAGAGCUUCCACUGCGACGGCAUCAACGAUUGCCGUGAUGGCAGCGAUGAGUUCGGCUGCACGGACCCGAAGCCACUGAGAAAACCACCACCGAUGCAGUCGUUGCUGGAGGGACAGUCCUUAAACUUGACCUGCACGGGCACGGGUGUGCCCGUUCCGACGAUCAUUUGGCGUCUCAACUGGGGUCAUGUGCCCGACCAGUGCACGUUCACGAGCUCGAACGGUCGCGGCGAUCUCUAUUGCCCCAACAUGCAGUACAAGGACAGCGGCGCCUACUCCUGCGAAAUAAUGAAUACGCGCGGCACCAUCUUCGUAACGCCCGAUACCAUAGUGAAGGUGAUACCUGAUCGCAAUCAGGUCUGUGAGGCUGGCUUCUUCAAUAUGCUGGCCCGUUCCACCGAGGAGUGCAUCAAGUGCUUCUGCUUCGGCGUGGCCAGCUCCUGCGAUAGCGCCAAUCUGUUCACCUAUGCCAUACAGCCACCAAUUCUGUCGCACCGCGUGGUCACCGUCGAUCUGACGCCCUAUCAGCAGAUCGUCAUCAACGAGGGCAGCGGACACUCCCUGCUUACGCUCCAUCAUGGUGUGCAGUUCCGUGCCUCCGACGUGCAAUACAACAGUCGCGAAACACCCUACCUGGCCCUGCCCAGCGAGUACAUGGGCAAUCAGCUGAAGUCCUAUGGCGGCGAGCUUCGUUAUGAGGUCAACUAUUUGGGCAGUGGACGUCCCAUUUCUGGACCCGAUGCCAUCAUCACCGGCAACGGUUUCAUACUCACCAAUCGUGUGCGCACCCAGGCCAACAUACUGAACAAGGUGAGGAUCAGCUUCCUGCCAGGCAAUUGGCUUAAGCCCGACGGUCGCAAGGCCACACGGGAGGAGAUCAUGAUGAUACUGGCCAAUGUGGACAACAUUCUGAUACGUCUCGGCUAUAUUGAUUCGGUGGCACGCGAAGUGGAGCUAACCAACAUUGCCAUGGACUCGGCUGGCACCACGGACCAGGGUCUGGGAAGUGCCUCGCUGGUUGAGAAAUGUAACUGCCCACCUGGCUAUAUUGGGGAUUCAUGUGAAAGCUGUGCACCUGGCUUUGUACGCCAGCCGGGCGGUCCCUGGCUGGGUCGCUGUGUACCCUUCGUGCCCGAGCUCUGCCCGGCCGGCACCUUCGGUGAUCCGCGCCGUGGAAUACCCUGCAGCGAGUGCCCCUGCCCGCACACCGGCACCAAUAACUUUGCCAACGGCUGCAAGCUAAGUCCCGACAACGAUGUCAUCUGCAACUGUCACGAGGGCUAUGAGGGCAGACGCUGUGAGAGCUGUGCCGCCGGCUAUCAGGGUAACCCACUGAUACCGGGCGGUGCCUGCCACAAGACACCCGAAUCGCAGUGCAACAUCGAGGGCACCUACAACCAGAAUGCCGACGGCAGCUGCGACUGCAAGGCCCUGGUCACCGGAGAUCGUUGCGACACCUGUGCACAGAACAGCUUCCACUUGAAUUCCUUCACCUAUUCCGGCUGCAUUGAGUGCUUCUGCAGCGGCCUGCAGGCGGAGUGUACCAGCACCUCGUGGUAUCGCGAGCAGGUCAGCAGCAGUUUCGGCCACUCCCAUGUGCCGCAUGGCUUCCAGCUUGUGCGCGACUACACGCUGGCCAGCCCUCAGUCCGUGCCCUUCGAUACGCUUUCCAAUGAGAUUAGCUUCAGGUCCGGCUCGGAAUACAGCGCCGACACCCUGUACUGGAGCCUGCCCGCCCCCUUCCUGGGCAACAAACUGACCGCCUAUGGCGGACGUCUCAACUACACCCUCAGCUACAGCCCACUGCCCGGCGGCCAGAUGUCGCGCAACAGCGCACCCGAUGUGGUCAUCAAGAGCGGCGAGGAUCUAACCCUCAUUCAUUUCCGCAAAGCAGCCGUCAGUCCCAGCACCUCGAACUCAUACGCCGUGCCGAUCAUUGAGAGCGCUUGGCAGCGCAUAGACGGCGAAGCCACCAAUCGCGAGCAUCUGCUGAUGGCGCUCAGCAAGAUCGAUGCCAUCUAUAUCAAGGCCACCUACACCACCAGCACCAUGGAGGGAUCCCUCAAGCAGGUCGUCAUGGACGUGGCCACCUCAAAUGGCUACGGCACCCAGCGCGCCCUUGAAGUGGAGGAAUGCCGUUGCCCCCAGGGCUACAUUGGACUAUCCUGCGAGCGUUGCGCACCCGGCUACAAGCGCAAUGUCGAAGGCGGCCUCUACCUGGGCCUGUGCGAGCCUUGCGAGUGCAAUGGUCAUUCCACGCAAUGCGAUGCCGAAUCUGGCGAGUGCCUGAGCUGCGCUGACAACACCGAGGGCGAGAACUGUGAUCGCUGUGCCGCCGGCUAUGUGGGCGAUGCCACUCGUGGCACGCCCUAUGACUGCCAGCCGGACAACAAUGGGCCACAGCCGCCGCAACCGCCCCAGCCGACGCCAGACGAUCAGCGCGAAUGCCAAUGGUGCAACAGAGACGGAACGGAGGAUUGCCGCAACGGUGUCUGCUACUGCAGGCGCAACGUGGUCGGCGCGCGCUGCGACCAGUGCCGUCCGAACACCUUCGGCCUGGCCUCCAGCAAUCCGGAUGGAUGCAAGGACUGCUUCUGCUCGGGCCAUUCGUCUCAGUGCCGUUCCGCCGUGGCUUAUCGCCAGCUAAUCGCCAUCGACUUCAUUAGCAACAAGGCUCUGAUCACGGACGAAUACGGACAGCAAAUGGAAAUGGACGAUAGCAACCUCAAAAAGGACAUUCCCACCAACAUGUACACCUACACCUAUCCGUCGUACUCGACCAAGUACUGGAGUCUGCGCGGCAAUGUCCAAGGCAAUCAACUGCACGCCUAUGGCGGCUACUUGAAAUACACCCUGGUCGCCGAGUCCUUCGGCGACUAUCAGCCCGGCAACGAUGUGGUGCUUAUUGGCAAUGGCGUGCGCCUGGUCUGGUCCCGACCGGCGAAGGAUGCCCAGCUCAACGAGUACAGUGUGCGCCUCAGCGAGGAUGAGCAGUGGCUGCGCUUGGACAGUGGCAGCGCCGUGCCCGCCUCCCGACACGACAUCAUGAGCGUUCUGGUCAAUAUCGAGCAUCUGCUCAUUCGUGCCACACCCAAAAUCCCCACCACUCGCACCUCCAUUAGCGAUGUGACCUGGGAACUGUCAUUGGACGCAGAUCAGCCCGGCGCCGAGCUCGUAACGGACAUCGAGCUGUGCCAAUGCCCGGCCGGCUACACGGGCAACUCCUGCGAGAACUGCGCUCCGCUCCACUAUCGCGAGGAGAACGGCCAGUGUCGCAGCUGUCCGUGCCAGGAGGAGAACACCCAGAGCUGCUACCUGGGCAGCAGCGGCUACGUCGAGUGCCAGUGCAAGCAGAAUUUCAAGGGCGAUCGUUGCCAGGACUUCGACUAUGGAAUACCAGAGCCAUCAACCACUGAACAGCCCGACAAUAUACGCAGUCAAAUAAUCGUAUCGAUAUCGAAGCCACAAAUCACGAUAAUGCCCGUCGGUGGUUCGAUCUCGCUGCACUGCAACGGUCGCAUGAAGUGGAAUAAUAAUCCUGUCGUCGUCAGCUGGUACAAGCAGAACAGCCAAUUGCCCAACACAGCCGAGAUCUCCGGCGGAGUUCUGCGACUCUAUAAUAUGCAAGUGACCGACUCUGGCGUCUACAUCUGCCGUGCUGUCAACAACCAGACCUCUCGCGCCUACGAGGACAUGGUCUCCAUAACCAUAACACCGCAUUCCCAACGCUCUCGCGCUCAGAUUGUCAAUCUACCGCAGACGGUGACCUUCAAUGAAUACGUUCCCAACGAGAUCAACUGCGAGGUGGAGGGCAAUCCUGCACCCGUAGUCAUCUGGACCCGCAUCGAUGGCCAAGCGGACGGAAACACGCGCACAGAUGGCUCACGCUUGAUAUUCGAGUCGCCACGUAAAUCGGACGAGGGACGCUAUCGCUGCCAGGCGCGUAACGAUCUGAAUGUCGAUGAGAAAUAUGUGCAGGUCUAUGUCGUGGGCAAUGCGCCGCAGCCACAGCCCCCAGCACGGGAGCGGCUCUACAUUCAGCCGGAGAACUACAACGGCGAGUCUGGCGACAUAAUUCGCUUCGUUUGCCAAUCGACCAGCGGCGCCCAGCUGCACUAUGAGUGGCUGCACGAUGGCUAUCCACUGAAUGUCCCGCAGUCGUCGCACGUUAUCAUUAGCGGAGAUACGCUAGAGAUUCGAGAUGCUACCACCCGGGAUAAUGGAGUCUACACGUGCGUUGGCAUCGAUUUGAGGACGCAUCGCAACUAUACCGAAGAUGCGCGCGUCUAUAUCGAAGAGCGACAAGAGCCUCCCAUCGGCAAUGGCGUUGUUCCCCGUAUUGUACGACUUAAGGAGGAGUACGUCAUAUAUCAGGGAAGUGACUUGAGCAUUACUUGCGAAUCGACCGGCUCUCCCUACCCUAGCAUUAAAUGGAUGAAGGUGCGCGACUCAAUGCCCUCGAAUGUCCAAAUCACGGGCAAUGUUCUGCGCAUUCACAAUGCUAUGAUCGAGAAUCGUGGCUGGUAUGUGUGCACGGCCGAGAAUGCCCUUGGUACAGAUCAAUCAAACACUCAUAUCGAUGUUGAACCUCGGGAGCGACCGAGCGUUGAGAUAGAGCCAAUAAGGACGCUCACCGUCGGCGAACAGGGAGUACUUUAUUGUCGCGCCCAUGGCAUACCCGAGCCGACGGUGCAGUGGCGCCGCGUCGACGAUAUACCACUCUCGUCCCGACACCUCGAGCAGCACCCGGGCUACGUACUCAUCAAUGAUGUACAGUUAGCGGAUAGCGGUGACUACGAGUGCUCGGCCGUGAACAGCGUUGGACGCACCACAGGCGUUGUGACGAUACGCGUAAUAGAGCCACCGGUGAUCGAAUUGGAGCCGAACGAAUCUCUCAUACAGUACACCGAGGGCGACGAGGUGCGCAUUACGUGCAUUGCGAGCGGCACACCGAACCCGACCGUGCAAUGGGACGACCAGCCGGUUGUUUAUGCGCUGGAUAAUCGCCAGGUUGGCUCGAACACCGCCUACUUGAAUAUCAAUCGGGUGACACAGGCGGAUGCCAAGGUCUACGUCUGCAAGGCCACGAAUGAGGCGGGCAGCGAUGAGCGUGCCGUACGCAUCGAUGUGAAGCCCAAGCGGGGUGACAUCGGUGAUCGCGAUGGCGAUGUGGAACGCGAUCCCUAUCUGCCGCAAUACUAUCCACCCCAGCGUCCCAGCUCGGACACUCAGCGUCUCACCACGCACCUGGGCGCUAAUGUGUCCCUCACCUGCAACCUGGAUCCCUAUCUGAACACCCAAUGGACGCGCGUUGAUGGACAGCCGCUGCUGCCAAAUGCUCGCUCCGAGCACAAUAAACUGACGAUCACAUUCGUUGAGGAGCACAAUCUCGGCCAAUAUCGCUGCAAUGCCAUGGAUCAUCGGGGCACCAUUGUUACGUAUCUCGUGCGCGAAUUGGUGCGGUCGCCACUGCCACAGAUCACUUUCCGUCCCAAUAUCCCGCUCGAGGUGGAGGCCGAUCGCAAUGUCGAGAUCUACUGCGAUGUGAUAGGCGCCCGGCCCGAGGACGUGAAAUGGACCACCGAAAAUAACCGACCACUGCCUAGCUCCGUGCACAUCGAGGGACAGCUUUUGCGCUUCAUAGCCAUAACACCGGCUGAUGCGGGCGGCUACAGCUGCACGGCGUCGAACGAAUACGGAAACAUCAGCAAGAUCGCCCAGGUGGUUGUGCGUCCGCCGGCCACCUACACGCAGCAACCGAUAUCGAUGCAGCAGCAGCGCCGCGAGGGCGAGAGCAUCCAGAUGCGCUGCACUGUGACGACGCAACGUGGCGAGCAGCGCUCCAAUACGCAGUUCCACUGGACUCGCGAGGACCGACAGCCGCUGCCCAACAAUGCUCGCGCCGACAGCCAGAUCCUGAUAUUGACAUCGUUGCGCCUGGAGGAUGCCGGUCGCUACAUCUGCGACUCGUACGACAUCAACACCGGACAGCGCUUACCGCCCACCUACGUCGAUUUGAGUGUACAGCAAAACAAUUAUAGCUUGUAUAGGGGCGGCCAAGAUUUUCCCUGCGUUGUUCUAUAUAUAUGCGCAGAUUUCAAACUAAACAAAAUGACGCCAGCCAAACCGUUGGCCACGCCCCCGCGCGCCCCGCCCCCCAGCACAUACGCCUGCCAAGCGACAGACUUCAAGUGCGUCUCCCACCCACACACGUGCAUCAAGGCGAGCAUGGUCUGCGACGGCAUCUACGACUGUACGGAUCAUUCGGACGAGUUCAACUGUAGCCGCGAUCUGGCUGCCAAGACAAUUGGCCGGACCACAACUGGCGUGGGCGUGGGCGUAGGCGUUAGCCAUGGACCGGGCAACACUUUCAAGCGCUGGAAGAAGAGCUGGAGGAAGCAUCAGCCCUGGCAGCAGCAGGCAGAUAAACAGCAACGAGUUGGGCAGCCAAAGGCCAAAGGCUUCUUCGCGGGCAUGACCCAACCGAGCGCCUACCUGCCGCCCUCGCGGCCAACGCCCCCACCAGAGCCAGUGGUGCCACGUGACUACAGCCUGAAGCUGGAUCAGCAAUCAUCGAAAUUGCACGUUGGCGAAUCGACCGAAGUUGAGUGCUAUUCCUCGGACAACAGCUACACGGAUGUGAUCUGGGAACGUUCCGAUGGUGUGCCACUCUCCGCCAAUAUUCAGCAAGUGGGCAACCGUCUGGUCAUCAAUCAAGUGACAGCUGCGGAUGCGGGCAACUAUGUGUGCAAAUGCCGUACGGAUGAUGGUGAUCUCUAUACGACCAGCUAUGAGCUGGCCAUCGAGGAGCAGCCCCAUGAGCUGCGUCGUCCGAAGAUCGUGCAUGCCAAUGUCGGUGAUCAAGCCCAGCUGAGCUGCGGCGCCGAUGAAAGUCGUCAGCCCACUUACCGCUGGUCACGCCAAUACGGACAAAUGCAAUCCGGACGCGAUCUGCUCAGCAGUGAACUGUCGCUGCGGGGCGUGCAGGCGAACGAUGCUGGCAGCUACAUCUGCACAGCCGUCUAUAACGAUGGCGAGUCCGUGGACUAUCCGAGCAUUUUGGUCAUCACGGGAGUCAUCCCACAAUUUAGUCAGCAGCCACUGAGCUACAUGAGUUUCCCCACUCUGCCAGACUCCUCGUUCAACUUCAACUUUGAGAUCACCUUCCGGCCGGAAUCCGCCAACGGCGUGAUCCUCUUCAAUGGGCAAACGCGUGGAGCGGGCGAUUACAUUGCGCUCUCGCUGAAGGACCGUUAUGUGGAGUUCCGUUUCGACUUUGGCGGCAAGCCGAUGGUGGUGCGCGCCGAGCAGCCCGUGGAGCUGAACGAAUGGCAUACGGCACGUGUGCAUCGCUCACGUCGCGACGGCUACAUUCAGCUGGACGAACAGCAUCCGGUCGCCUUCCCCACACUCACCCAAAUACCACAGCUGGAGCUCAUCGAGGAUCUGUAUAUUGGCGGCGUGCCCAACUGGAAUCAGCUGCCCGCCGAGGCGGUGGCCCACCAAACGGGCUUCGUUGGCUGCAUUAGCCGCCUAACGCUCCAGGGACGCACCAUUGAGCUGAUGAAGGACGCCAAGCUGAAGGAGGGCAUCACCAGCUGCAAGCCUUGCGCCGCAUCGCCCUGCGCCAACGGCGGCAUCUGCCUGGAAAGCCAAACGGAACUCGCCUACACCUGUGUCUGCCAGCAGGGCUGGACCGGCCGCAACUGCGCCGUCGAAGGAACCCAAUGCACUCCGGGCCUGUGCGGUGCCGGACGUUGUGAAAACACGGAGCUGGACAUGGAAUGCCUCUGCCCACUCAAUCGCACCGGCGAUCGCUGUCAGUACAUGGAACACCUAAACGAACACAGUCUCAACUUCAAGCGAAACAGCUAUGCAGCCUACAAUACUCCUCGUGUAUCGCGCAUCAAUGUGACUCUAUCGCUGCGUCCAUCCAGCUUGCGGGAUGCGGUGCUGCUGUACACGGCCGAGUCGAAGCUGCCCAGCGGCGACUACGUGGCGCUCGUGCUGCGCGACGGUCAUGUGGAGCUGAUCAUCAAUACGGCUGCACGCCUUAAGCCUGUCGUGGUGCGCUCCCAGAAACCGCUGCCAUUGCACAGAUGGACACGAGUCGAGCUGCUGCGUCGCCAGGGCGAGAGCAUUUUGCGUGUGGGCGAUGAGCCGGAGCAGAGGGCCAAGGCGGCCGGUGCACCACGCACCCUCUCGCUGAAGACGCCGCUGUAUGUGGGCGGCUAUGAUCGGGCCACGGUCAAGAUCAAUCGGGAUGUGAACAUCACCGAAGGCUUCGAUGGCUGCAUUUCGCGCCUCUACGACUCGAUGCGUCCUAUCCAGUUGCUGGCUGCCAUCAAGGAUGCGGCCAACCUGCAGAAUUGCGGCGAGCUCAAUGAGAUCGGGAGCAACGACUUCGAUGGCGAGCUACCUGCGGUGCCUGUGGUGCCGACAAGCAACAGUCGCGUCGCGGAGGAGCAGCAGCCCUAUGCGAUGUCGCCCUGUGCCAACGAGCCCUGCGAGAACGGCGGCACCUGCCAGGAGGUGGAGCAGCAGGCGAUCUGCGCCUGCAGCCUGGGCUACAGCGGCAAGCACUGCGAGGAGCACAUCCAAGUGAGCUUCAAUGCCUCGUUCCGCGGCAAUGGGUACCUGGAGGUGGAUCGCAGCCAGUUUAGCUCGGAGAUAGACCAACAGUACACCUCGGCGGUGGUGGUGUUCUCCACCAGCAAGCCCAACGGCCUGCUGCUCUGGUGGGGCCAGAAAUCUGGGGAGGAAUUCACCGGCCAGGACUUCAUAGCCCUCGCCGUCGUCGAUGGCUUUGUGGAGUACGCUCUGCGCCUGGACGGCGAAGAGGUGGUCAUACGCAAUGGCGACACGCCCGUGGACGAUGGCCAGCGCCAUAUUGUGCUUGUGAAGCGUGCGGACAACACUGCCAUACUCGAGGUCGAUCGCAUAUCCGACUCCGGCGAGACGCGACCCACCAGCAAAAAGGAGAUGCAUCUGCCGGGCAAUGUGUUCAUUGGUGGCAUUCCGAACAUUUCUCGUUUCACGGGCAAACGCUAUACGCACAACUUCAACGGCUGCAUUGUCUUUGUGGAGGGCGAUGCUGUUGGCCAGGUCAAUCUGGGCAAGGCCUCUGUCAGUGGCGUCAACGUGGAUACCUGUCCUGUUAACGAUGAGGCCCUGGGUGGCACCGAACCACCUGUCGUUUGAGGCAAUAUAMCAAGCACAACAGCAACAACAACAACGUAAACUCCACAAAAGUUAGGUUUUUUUUUAAAUAAACUCUU